AUGCAACCAUACGCCGACACUCGUAUGAACAACGGAGAGCGCAAGCGGAAUCUCGAAGAACUUCUCAAACGGGCUGCACUUUUUGCCUUCACGCUGUUCUCUCAGCCCAGCGCAUGGGAAUUUGAGUGGCAGGAGGAACAAGGUGUUACUUCAGGGGAUUUAUGCAUUUUCCCCGCUCUUGUGCAAGUGGCAGACGAGACCGGCCAACCAGUGAACCCGCCACGACCGUUCAGCGAGGCUGUAAUCAGACGGUUGGAUGCUUGA